CCAUAUCAUUUCAGCAUUUUCACUUGGUUAAUUUGAUUCUUCAAAGAUGUUUAAAAAAAUAUGUUCAUAUAGCUUUUAUGGCUCUCAGUAUGCUGACAUUAGGGUACACAAUAUUAGAUUACAUCAGAAAAAGAGGAGAUACAGAGAAAGAAUCUAUGCUUUCCUUCUUCAAUGAACUAUUAUCAAAUUAAGAGGCAUGUUUUCUUCUUAUAAGUUGUUUAAUUAUGUUAUUUAUUGUCGGGUAAUUUACUAGUAUUGCGCACCAAAUAUGCAUUUAGGGGUUUGUCAUCGAUGUCCGCUUCUCUACAUACCUCAUCUCCUUUACCCUUGGCCUCUGUUUGCAUCCAUCAUUUUCUCAAGAAUCCUUUUGCUUUCUGAGAUCAAUUCAAGAUUUUUACCAUUCAUAUGUACUUGCAUUUCCGAAAUCUUCUGUUUGUAGUAUGAGAUUGAACUCUUUAUUAAUGUUAAUCUUAUUCCAUAUUUACAAUGUAAAAUCAUUUUCUACCUUGAUAGUUUCCUUUGAAAAAAUCCAUUUAACUCUGCACUCUGUACUUCUGGUUAAUUUGAUGAUCAAGAUCCAAUCUUUAUCAAAAAUAUUGUCAGUGAUUUUAUUAGCAAUUUGUUAGUAUGGUUUCACAAGAUUCCCCCUCGAUUUCCAAUUUAAGUAUUCUACACCAAUUCAUUGUCUCAAACUCCAUAGCUAGUCAAUAUGAGUUUCGAAAUCAACAUUUUGAUCCUUAUGCAGAAGAUUCUAUUGAAAAUAGUCCUUACCCACAGUAUCUAGGUUUGUUGCCACACACUUAUUCUCUGGAUGAAAGAAUGUCUAGAUCUAAAGACCUUGUUCAUGCCCAUCAACUAACAGAUGAAACUCAUAUCGACCGGGAUAGACAACUAAUCGAUCUCCUUGGAACAUCGACUGAGGUUUCUCAGCAAGCCCAGAGGCUAUCUCUAUCUCUAGGGUCAAUGCAAUCCAGGCAAAGAUCCUUAAAUUCAUCAAACUUUAUUAGUCAUGGUUACACGGGACUUGAUCGAAUGGCUAAUGAUAUUUCUUUCGCUGGAAAUGCUUUUUCUCCGGUGAAUCAAUCUUGUUCAACAUUGUAUGGAACUGAAUCAUUUGCUGCUGCAAUUGGGAGCUCGAAAUAUUUGAAACCAGCUCAAUCCCUUCUAGAAGAAAUGGUUAGUGUUGGGGGAAAGGACAUUGAUUUGAGCAACCAGAAGUGCAUUGAGAAAUUAUCGCGCGCUUGCAAGAAAGGCUCUUCAUUCGCACUCAAAGCUGAGUUUUCAAACAAUGAAAUGUUGAUUGAAAAACAUGAAACUUACCUCAACCUUGUAAAGCUUAUAGCCUUGCUUGAGGAGGUGGAAAGACAUUACGAGGAUUAUUAUCAUCAUAUGGAGAAAACUGUUUCAUCAUUUGAGGUUAUAGCAGGUUCAGGAGCAGGAAAAUGUUACACUGUUCUUGCACUCCGAGCUAUGUCCAAACACUUUUGCAGCUUAAGGAAUGCAAUUUUAUUUCAAAUUCAUGUCAUGCGAAAAAAGAUCAGGAAAAACAUGCCGAGAUUUAGCUCGGGUUUGUCUGAUCAAGAAGCAAGACAUAAUCGAAUGUCACUUCAACAGCUAGGAAUCAUCCAAACAUCGAGACAAGUUUGCAGACCGAUAAGAGGACUACCCGAGACUUCUGUGACAAUUUUUCGUGCUUGGCUCUUUGAACACUUCCUUCAUCCGUACGUGAUCGAUUUCCCGCAUAACUUCAAGUUUGCUCCUAAACGAUGCCUGUUAAAGAUAUUUUUUUUCUCAGAUAUCCUAAUGACUCAGAAAAGCUUAUGUUGGCAUCACAAACAGGCUUGUCAAAGAACCAAGUUUCUAACUGGUUCAUAAAUGCUCGAGUUCGACUAUGGAAGCCUAUGAUUGAAGAAAUGUACAAAGAAGAAUUUGCAGUCUUCAACUGAAUCAGAGCAAGUAUUGACAAGUAGUUCCAUAACAAGGGAAGGAGUAGGGGAUUCUGCAGAGGUCUAAAAGGUGUAGAUAAUUUCAUAUAUAGAUGUCAACCCCUCCCCCACCAUCUCCAAGAUGAUAUCAAUUUUUUCUCUUUAAGAGAUUCUUCUUCCUCCUUAGCUAAAUGAACUACAUGAUUAUGUUGGUUGAGAAGCCAAGAGUUAUGAUUUGAUCCUCGAUUCCAACUACAAAAUCACAUUUUA